AUGAAAGAAUUGUCUAUUUAUUACUAGUAUAAUGAUGAAUAAGAUAUGUAUUAAAUACCUUUAAAUAAUUAUAUUGAAGAAAAAGAUAUCCAAGAUUUAGAUGUAGAAACUAUUAUUUAAAUAUUGCUCAAUGAAGAGAUUGAGUUUGAUAAAAAUGUCAUUAAAGUUUAUAAUAGCGAAAGCGAGUAGUGGGAGGAUAUAGAGCAUUUUUAUGUUUAAGUAGAAGACCUAUUCGAAGAAGAUAGUUGCUACUGCUAUGAUAAUGGUGUUCGUCUUCUAAUAUAAAAAAUUUAAUAGUAUUAAUUUGAUAAUUAGUAAUAGCUAUUAUAACUAUAAAAUUAGUAAUUAGAAUAGCAAUAGUAUUAAGAAUAACUGCAAGAUCCUAACUACAACUAAAAUUUUGAUUAGCAAGCAUUCAAUGGGAUUGUUUAUUAGGAAUUACUUUAAAUUAGGAAUAUGAUGAGUCAGUUUUUUUUUGAUUCUGAAGAAUAAAAAUAAUACAAUUUUUAGAUAAUUUCAUCAUUUUAAAAUGAGCUAAAUGACUUGCAAAAUAGUUUACUUUAACUGAACAAAUAAUUACAAAAUUUUAUGGACUAGGGUAAGAGCGUUAGAUUUAAUACUGGAAAUGGAACUUAAACAAAUAAAUCUACAAAUAAAGUUAAUAUAUUCGGAAAUAUGAUAGAAGAUACCCCUUCUGAAAAACCUAUUAUUUUAUUUCCCUUGGACAAUAAGUAAGAAGAAAGCUAAAAGUCAGAGGAAGUUAAUUUUUUUGGAGAUUUAGUUAGUCCAUCAGAGGAUAUAUUUCAAAUGAGUAGCAAUAUAAAUAGGCAAGAGGAGACACCAACUGCUUCUGUUGGCAAUAAUACAAAAUCUAAUAGUGAUUUAAGAAGUAUGUUUACUAUGAGGGAACCUAAAUCAGAUAGCAUUGUAGAUACAGAUAAAUCAACAACUAAAUCCCCUAUGUCAUCCCAUGUGAAAUUUAAGUCGGCUAACAGUGCAAAUAUUAAUACUUUACUUCCUCCUACAACACCUAUUAUGAAACCUCCAUCAACAAAUUUUUAAAUGAUGCAAGGAAUGAGUAGUUUCAGCAACUCUAGUCAAAUUCGUAUGUCAAUUAUGUAUAGCGAGCCUCUAGUUGUAAGGAAAAAUAAAUUUAUUUACCCUGCUGGUGAACCUGUUGAAUAUGAGCAAGAAAUAUUAUAGCUGACUCGUUAUUUUUAAAAGUGUAAAAAUAAUGGUGAAAUUAAUAUCAGAGUUGCUAAUUUAGAUAAUCUUGAAGAAGAAAUUAUUAAUUCUUAAAUUAUUCAUAUCUCUUGCCAUGGAGAUUUUCAUAAGGAAUAUUAAAAGUAUUAUUUGUAGUUUGAAGAGAAAAAUUGUGAGCUUAAAUGUGUUACCACUGAAUAGUUUAAAACUUUGUUAUAAAAUAAAAAGGAGAAACCUAAAUUAACAUUUGUAAAUGCUUGUCACUCAGAAGAGGUGGGAUUGAUGUUUUUAAAUUCUGGAAUACCUUUCGUAGUAGCUGUUUAAUCAAAUCUCAAGAUACAAGAUAAGGCUGCUUAAAUUUUUUCAAAUUCUUUUUACAUGGGAUUGAUGAAAAGAUAUACAAUCAGGUAGGCAUUUAAUUGUGCUAAAGAUGCCCUUGUAGCAAAACAUCAUUAGGCUUGCUACACGUGUUGUUGUGCCCAUCAACAUACAGAUAAAUGUGAAUGGUUAUAAUAUGCUAUGGAUCAUGGCUAUUAAGAGGCUCAUAAAUUACAUGAAGAAUAUGCUUGUGAUUGUUAUAAUCCUAGUAAGCAAGGCAGUGUUAAAAAUCCAAUUUACCACAAAUAAAGUUGCAAUAAAAUAAAAGAGUUUUUUGAAGUAAUUUCAGAUGAGAAUAAGAUGGAAGAAAUAUUUAAUUUGCCUAUUGAUAAACCUAUAUACGGAUGCUGCUGCUAAGGCGAAAGCACUACACAUGACGAAUCUGCUAAAUUCAAGUUAUUAUGUUUAAACGAUACAAUAGAUUAUAGUUUUAAUUUUGAAAAAGGAGAGAUGAAUAUUAAGUAUAAUUUUGAUAUGUACAAUUCUAACUUCAAAAGCUAAUUCAAAUUAUUUGGCAGGAAUGUAGAAAUGUACGAAAUUUUUAACUCGUUAAAUGAUUGCAGCCAUAAUAGCUAAUUUGUUGUGGUUUAUGGUGAAAGAGGAUCUGGUUUAACUUCAAUUUCAAAAAAAGUAGCCAGGCACUUAAAAGAAAGGGAAGUUGUGAAUGAAAUUAUAAUAGAAGAUUUUGAAAAUGUUGAUCGAGGUAUUUCUAAAUUUAAAACAAAAUUAAAAAAAUUUAAAAACGGAAAAGAAGGAUCACAACCAUACUACACUUUAAUGAUUUUGGAUAAUUGCGAUGAUUUGAUAAAUAAAAACCUAGAAGAUUUCACAAAGCAGCUCUCAGAUACUUCGCUGAAUGUGAAAUUUAUAAUUAUCACUCACUUUAAGCCUAAUUUAAAGCUAAAUGAGGCCGUCAUAAAUUACAUAGAGCUCAAGGCCUUAGAUAAAAAAGUAGCUUUUGAUAUUAUAAGUCAUCACAUUGGCAACUAAAUUAGAAUUCUUGCUUAAGAUACUAGCUUUUCAAAUACACUAGAUUAGAUUUUAGAUAAAAGAGCAAUAUUACCAAAGUUUGUGAUGGAAAUAGUUUAAAGUAUUAAAAAUGGCUCAAAUUUAUAAGAUUUACUUGUUAGUUAAGAUCCUCUUGAGCUCAUUAUGAAAAAAUUAAAAGAAAACUACUAAAAAUAUGAAAUGCUGCUUGUUAUUUCACUUUUUCCUCAUGGUGUUUCUGUUGAAGAUUUAAAAUAUCUAGCUUCUAAAAAGAAAAUCCCCUCUAGCUGGGAAGAAAUUAUGCUCCAGUUAACAUCGAAAGAAGUAAUUGAUCCAAAUUUAACUUUGAAAUUUGAAGAGACAGAGAGUGAGGAAAAUUCUGAUAUAGAGCCUAAUAAUACAGCUGAAACCAGUAGCUUUUCUGCUACUAAUAGUUCACAUUCUUCUGACCAUCAUCAUUUUAAAAUAGGAUAAUACUUUUGGAUGAAUGUGUCUAGAAAUGACUUACAGUUUAUUCAAUUUAAGAUAAAAAAAAAUAUCCCAAGAUGGCUAUAUUCAAAAGAAGAAUAUGCGAUAGAUCUCCUUUAAAAAGAAGUACUCAUUUUAGAGUACUUAUCUUAUUUUGCAAAAAAGAUGCUUGACUGUAUCAAGUGUGACAGAUAUUAAAAACUUAAAAUGGUUGAUUAUUCAUCUAUCGUUGAUUUUGGAUUAUUUAAAGUAUCAUUUAAGAAAGACUGGUUUCAAAAUGAUGGUGAAGAAGAUGAUUCUGAUAAAAAUUAAACAAACGGUUAAAAACUCCCUGAUUUAAACAGAGGAUACUCAGAAAGUUUUGAAGAGCACAUAUUCAAGAAAUAUAGAAACAAUUAGGAGAGCUUAUUUAAAUUGCAUGAAUAAAACUUGUAUGUGUACUUGAAAAAAGAAGAUUUGAUGAAUUUGAUAAAAUUUAUGAAUUCAUCUCACUGCCACGAAAAGAGAAUACUAAAAGAAGCACUUAAAGAUUUGUGUGUAGAUAUACCUUCUAUUCAUAAAUUAUUGGAUCAUAAAGAAGAUGCAAUGGAGUAAUGCGAGAAAGCUAUUAAUAUUUUGGAUGAACUAACAAACUAUCCUGAUAACUUACCUUUCUUGCUUGCAAAACUCAAAAUUUAGUUUAUUUAAGCAAAUUUAUGCUUCGAUUAGUUUGAUUUUUAAACAAAAAAUUAAGAAGAAUUUAGAUUAUUGCUUAAGCAAUUUAAGUGUUUAAAUGAUUCAAUUUAAAGUUUAGCAAAUCAUUCUGAAUUCAAGCAGUAAAAAAGUAUUUUGCUUAUCUUAUAGGCAGAAAAAGUUUUCUUCGUAGCAUACACAAUUAAGGUUAUGGUUGAAUAAAAGCUAAUUAAAUAUCUACAUGGCGGUUACGAUUUAUCUUAAAUAAUUGAUCUAGUAGAAAUAAUUAGCUCCCAAAAAAUUUAAGAGAACUUUACCAAUUUAACGGAUAUAUGCUCUUAUUUAAUAAACUAACUGAACUUCUAUCCUUAAGAGUUGUUAAAAAUAGAUGGUUGUAAUUUAGAAAUUCAAAAUAGUAAAGAUAAUUAAUAUUUAUUGAGGAGGAGUCUUGAUUAUUUAAAUGAAACACCAAAAACAAAACUAAAUAUAUUGAUUUCCAAGAUCAAAUUUGUUACAGCUUGCUUUGAAGGCUUUUAAUUUAAUGAGGAAUUUAAUGAAAAAUAUGUAGAAUCUAUAUAGGAAAGUAUUAAAGUUUUCACAUAAUAUGAAUUAAAUGAACUGAAGGAAUAGUGCCUUAAACAGUUUGCUAAAUAAUUCUGGAAAAAUAAAACUCUUUAAAAGUAGAAAAAAACAGAUCCAUAAACAAUACCUUAAAGAAUAGAAUCUGAAAUUAUCAAGCAUGUAAAAUCUGGCCCAAAAGAAAAUUUGACUGAAAACAUAAAAGAAACAUUUGAAAAAGCUUAUGACUAAUUAAAAAUGUAAGACCCUAAAGAUUAUAAAAUUUCGAUAUAAACUAAUGCAUGA